AUGGAACUAAAAGAAAACCACUCUGCAAUGAUGAAACAGGACGAAGCAGAAGAACAACAACGGCUGAAGAAGGAGCGAAAUGCAGAUGCAGCGGCUGCAGCCGCGUUUGCAAAAGUUGAACCAAUGCUGAAGGUAUCAGGCAUAAAAACUUCAUCAAAAUCAGAAACUGCUGAAACUCCCGCUACGACACCGGCGGCAGUGGCCGACGUGUGA